CGAUAACCACUUGUUGCCUUUAUUUUUGUUGACAUGGGCAAAUAGAAAGUUUUGCUUGGCUUCUCGGCCAAAAAGCUGAGAAUAGGGGCCAAAGACCAGUGCGUGGCCGGAGCAAUGAAUGCCAGAGCAUAUUUUGCCACAGCCAGCGUCUUUCUGGGAUGUUGCAGCGGCGUUGUUUUUCUAGAGUCGCUGGUUAAAUUGGAUCCCGGGGCUGGUAAUCUCAUUACGGCAGCACAAUUUGCGUUCAUUGCACUGGAGGGAUUCAUUUUCACAUUCAAAUUUGGAUUGGCGAAAAGGAUUAUAAGACUAAGAGAUUAUGGACUGCUAGUGGCAAUGUUCUUUCUGACCAGUGUGAUUAACAACUAUGUGUUCCACUUGAAUGUGCCGAUGACACUGCACAUGAUAAUCCGUGGUGGCAGUCUGAUAUCCAACAUGUGCCUGGGCACGAUUGUGCUCAAGCGUCAGUAUCAGGUUAGACAGUACAUAGCCGUUAUCAUGAUCACCCUCGGCAUAUUCAUCUGCACCUAUUUCUCUAGCCGGAAUGUGGAUGAUAAUCAUGGGCAGGAUUCGGAUAAGACAGCGAAUAUGUUUUGGUGGCUAGUGGGAGUGUUGUUGCUGGUGCUGGCACUCUUCAUCUCCUCCUACAUGGGCAUCACACAGGAGCUCCUCUACCGCCGACAUGGCAAAUGCGCCCGAGAGGCUCUCUUCUACACCCACCUCCUGCCGUUGCCCGCCUUCCUGUUUCUUCACGACAACAUCAGGACACACUGGACAUUGGCACUGGAAAGUGAUCCCUAUCGAAUACAGUUGCUCGGGGGCGUGGCUGUGCCACUGUUGCUAUUCUAUUUGAUUGGCAACGUGUUGAUGCAACAUCUGUGCAUUAGCUCCGUCUACUAUCUGACCACCGAGUGCAGUUCCCUGACUGUGACAUUGAUAUUGACUCUACGCAAAUUUGUCUCAUUGGUAUUCUCAAUAGUUUACUUUGAUAAUCCCUUUACAUUAUAUCAUUGGCUGGGUACAGUGCUCGUCUUUGUGGGCACCUUGAUGUUUGCCGACAUCUUUCGAUGGCAGAGAAAAGCAGUUAAAAGUGAUUAAGCAUUCCAUAGAUGUAAUUAUAGCGAGUAUGAACAAAGAAUGAUUAUUCCAUUUACAUUUAAGUACAAAGUACAAUACAUACACACAUUUACGAAAUAAAAGUACAAAUGGUUAAAAGUAAAAAAUAAAAUAGUAAAAACUUGGCACAGAGCACAAGUUGCUGACUUCUGUGACCAUUCAGUUGAUUCUUUGGCUCAUGGACUUAAAGAGACGCUCGACAUACAGAUACAUACAUAUACUAAUAAAAUGUACACUUAAAUG